AUGACAGAGAAACUGAGAGAGAUUGACAGACUGGCAAAAGCCUCCAUGCUGAGACCGCCUUCCCAAAAAGAAAGCAUAGCCUACUUGAAGUCGCUUAAAGGCAGAAGAUUUGGUGGCUAUCAAGUUGACGUGCAAGGCGUGAAUUUGCAUGAAAAGAAAUCGAAUAGUUUUUUUCAAAAUGUCCUGAGAAGGCGCGCUCUGAAUCGACAACGAAUAAUCGCGCAGAAAUGCAUGGAAAUGUUCAAAAGUGGGGCACCCAAAGGAUACACAUACAGCGAAUGUAUGGCGAGCAAGCGUGGCUAA